AUGGAGUCUCAAAAUCCUUUGCCUAUUAAUGAACCGCCCAAAGGUGAAACAACUUCCGGCACAGCCGACAAUAAGGAUGAUUAUGAGAAUCCUGUCAAUCUCAGCAAAGAUAAUAUUGUUGAUAUCAUGAAAGCGAUAGUAGAAUCCGAUCAACAAAAUAUAACACUUGCAAUUGAGAAAGCCUUGCCUGAUGGGGCUGAUGUUGAUGCCAAGCAAUUGCGAGAGAAGAUUCAUCCAGAUAAGCAUAUCCUCAAUGAUGAACAUAGGAAAUUAGCUACCGAGGCUUCUCAGCGACUAAAUGAGGCUAUACAACGGGCCGAAGGUGGCGAUAUCAGAUUUCGCUUCGGGGGAGGGGGACUUAAGCCCGAAUCUAGCGAUCUAACCCAAAAGAGCUAUCAUAUCUCAGCUUAUAGAAAAGCUUAUAACAGUUUACUCAUUCUAUGUCAGGCCGCAUGUCUAAAUCCAGACAUUCAGAUUUCCAAGCCUUCCCCCGAACCGGGAUACCGCCUUCCUAGAGCAGGAAUAGAAGCAUACAACGAUCUGAAAGAGAUCAAUAACGAGAUUAUGAAACAAAAUAGAAACAACAAUUUUGAGGCGAAUACCGGCCUUAUCGACGUUCCGGGUCUUGUUGCAAAGUGGAAAGCCAUACAUAUUGCGUACACGAACUCCAGGUAUCCAAUGAAGGUUAUGCAAAGCAACUUAGACAUGUUUAUUGAUAAUAAUCAAUACCCCUCCGAAUGGAAAAAGCUAUACUCUAAAUCCUGGCAGCAUUUUGGGGAGUUUCAGGCUCUCUGGAAUACCCUGCCGAAGCUAGUGGGUGAAUAUUUUACAAACUCGUUAUCAGCUACGCCUCCAAGCUCGAAAAGAUUCUGCGCUCGUAUCGAGAAGAUUCUUGACUCCAAAUCAAAUAAGCUGGAUAAGAAAUACAAACGCGGUACAAGCCUAUUUUCAAUGACUUUUGACAUCAAGGAGUACAUUAAUAUAUUUGACGAAGUUAUCAAUGCCUUUCGGAAGGGAGAUCUUCAGACUUACAUCGCUAAGCGAGAAGAGAUACAGGUUAUGGUCAAAGAAAAGGCUUACCCAGUGGGACUGGUACCCCCAAGCCCGGAACAAGCACAAAAUUGGCAACCUUCCAGCAACGUUUCUGGAAUGGGAGAUCAUAGCAAUCCUAUAAUAAAUUCCGGCUUUGCUCCAAACCAAGCAGGCAAUCCGAGUCAGGUGGUACGGGGCAACAACGGAGCUUUCUCAAUCAAAGCUCGCGUUGUGGGUGGGUCUUUCAAACCGGGCUAUACAUCGCUUGGUGAAAGAAUACGCUUUAUACAGCGUCGAGGUGCCUAUUGCGCCAACUUUGUUGUAGAAGAUGAUAAUCAAAUGUGGCGACUUGUUGAUAGCGGGUACCACGGUGGGAGAUCUGCUGUAGAACAGGCAGAGCGAUUAGGCGUGCCAAGUGUGGUGCAGGAUGUGAUCGAGAUCAGAAAUCUGAGAGAUAGAGUCGCGGAAGGUGGCGACUGGGGAAUCUUCUUUGCUGCUGCUGGCAAACUGCCCAUCAACUCCAUAAAGCCAAGGUUACCGGACAUUGUGGUGGGCUUUUAUCACAUUGACCCAGCAAAGGGCGAAAUACGCAAUGCAGUUUCUCGAUCCAAUCUGGGCCAGAUUCUUCGGUCCAAAUCCACGGCAGACAAGUUGAUAGCCGAACUAAUCUCAGGAAUUAGUGAUCUGAGAUUACAGGAUGUCUUGAUGCCUCAGCAAAUUCCUUCCCUCCUACUGCCGCCUCAUACUAGUCAAACACAUCAAUUUAACCCCAUAAACAAUUAUAUUCAAGGAAUCGGACACGGGGCUUUCAAGAACAAUAUGCUUAAUGGCCUUGGACAACCAUACAUAGGUAUGGGAGAGCUGUCUAGAGCAGAGCAGUCUUCCUUCUUCAAUGGGGGAAGAGAGACACAAAUGAUGUCGGUUCAGCAGCACAACCAGAUUCUUCAGUCAGCUAUCCAAGAGCUAAUGCACCAGCAGCAGAAGAGCGCAGUGUACAGAGAAGAAGAGGAGGAGGAGGAAGACCAGGAGGAGGAGGAGGAGGAGGAAUUAUAG